AUGGAUGACUUUUCCGAUGAUGGCUUUGACGACUUGCCCGAUAAUGCUCUCGAGGAGCUGGAGAACACAGCCAUUCAGUUCACACAAGCUCAGACGCAGAUCCAACAACCUAGCCAGCACAGGGAGGUUUUUAAUUUAGACUUUGAGGAUGAUGACCUUGACGACACAGUAGUUUUUGACGAGCUUGCCCGACAUCCCGCUAAGCCGCCUCAACUGCCACAAGGCCGCGUUGCUCCUGCUGUUGCCCAGUCUCGGCAACAGUGGAAUGCUGUCCCUGUGGCGCAUUCACGCACUGCUCUUUCGAACCGUCCCAGGUAUCCGAAUUCCUCACAGACUGGUGCGGCACCUCACGGCCAACAGGGACCUUCUACCAGCAGCCGACCUACUGCCACAUUUCAACGACCUCCUUCCCGUGCUGUUCCCCCUCCACGUCCCGCACAUCCAAAUGCCGGCCGGCAUCAACAACAUGCCGGAUUCACAGGCCAGCCAAGUCAGUUCACGGCGCCCCAACCGACUGGCGGAGCUCCAAACGAGAUCAUCGCUGCGCUUCAAGCUCGCGUGAACGCAUUGCAGAAGGACCUCACGACUACCAAGGGAGAGUCGGCGCUGCUGCGGAACAAACUCCAGAAUGCCCAGGCUGCGCAUGAGGCCGAUUUGCAGCGGCUGCGCAAGCUGAACGCUGAGCAGCUUGCCAAGCAAGAGCGUAUAGCCGAACAGGCUUUGGCGGCGGAGAAGACGGCAGCAACAGAGCUUCAAUUUGUCCAGCAGGACCUGAAAGAUGGGAACAGGCAUAGGAAAGGGAGGAAGUCCGAUAAAGAAAAGGACGGUAACCGUGAUGCCGGAUCAACACCCCCGAAAAAGGGUGCUGGUGCCCGCACCAAUUGGGGCAUGGCAGAUGGUUUCGACGAUAUGGAGCUUGUGCCCAGCCCAAGUAAGGGGGCAGCCCGUCGGUCCAGGGACCCUGUCGCUAUCCAGCCGCCAAUAUUAUCCCAGGUUGAAAGGACACCAACAAAAGGCAAGCGGAAACGACCAGCGGUAGACAGUCCACUGCUCGAACUAGAGACAGAUGAUGUUGUCAUGUUGGAUGGGCAGCCACCUGUUAACGGCCGAUCUGCUGAUCCUCUCAACUCCCGGCUCACAGCGCUUCCAUUUGAUUUCCUAACACUUGUACUAGAUCAUGGUGCUGUCCACGGUCAACCCUUGACCUUUGAUCUGUUUGCGCGGUAUUCGUUCCCAUCCGACCAGUCUCAGACGUUUGCAUCUCUGAUUUUUUCAAAGCUUUCCUUGCUGGGAAAUCCUCUCGAACCCGUUCGCCUUCUCAUUGACUUUGCCCAUCUGCUCAUAGAGCUAUGGUCUCAGUGCUUACAUGAAAAGUACUAUGAGGCUAUAUAUGACCUCGUGGCGCUUCUCUCGUUCAUGCUGCAGCUACAGACGACGUCUGUUGCGCCCCACAUCAUAUCCUACCUCUUACCUAUUGCACAAGCAACCAUACACCUACUUGCAAUUCCUCUUUUCGAGAGCCCAGAUGGAGAUUUAUCUAAUAGUCAGGAUCCUGCCAUUGAACGAUUGCUUGUGAACAUUGAUACCACCAGCGUCCUCGGCGUAAUGUACCUCGCAGCCCUGGGAUGCCUUACUCCUUCGCCGAAAGACUCGAUAAACCCUCAGUCGCUGUCUGAAAGCCCCAGACCGUCUUUUAUACAACAAUACUGGAGCAUGAUCCAACCCGAGUUCGUUCUCACCAUGUUGUCUCCGAAACAAAAGCCCGAAGAUCUUCUCGGCAUGCUCGUUCUACUCCGCACAUCAUCCUUGUCAACGUCCGUAGGCCCGCUCACUGACGAACCAAGCAAGAACGUCGACGUCGUGGCGCCAGUGCUCAUUGACCGCAUCAGUUACUUUCUCGCCGAACCUCCUGCCAGAUGGGCGCCAGCACGCAGUCGACGGCAGUGCGAGGCGAGGCUGGCUGCACUGGAAACCCUUGUCAGCUUUUCACGCAGUUCGUUUGGGCUUGCCAAACUAGUCCAGAGCAACAAUGCCAUCCCAAGACUCGUUGCUGCGCUGAGCGGGGCUAUUGACCAACUGUACGACAUGGAUAUCCCUAGUGCCAUCCCAAAGCUCGGGGAUGUGGACGUACACAUGGACGUAUCCAUGGACAAGAGACCAUCGCAGGUUGAUCCGGACGCCACACAAGAUCGAGGGCCUCCUCAGUCUACACCAGUUGACUCUACGUUGUCAGAUACGAAGGAAGAGGACGAAAACCGAGGCGAGGUAAAACCUCCCGCUGCCUUGUUGCAUGUGCUCAUCGCAUCGGCCGUUUCGUUGCUUCACAGACUCGUCAUGACGGCGGCGACAGUGGACGAGAAUGUGGCAUCGAAAUUGGCGGCGUCUCACGGCGGAGCUCAGCGGUACCUGCUCACGCUGGCGCGGCUCAACUUUGCAGAGGAGGACCUGGUGCUCGAGGCUGGAAUCAGUGCCGAGACGGCGGAGCUGGCAAACGAGCUACUGGAGCUUGCCGUGACGCCGGAUGAGGGUGAGGGUGUGAGGGAUGUUUUUGAGUUUGGUGAGGGUUAG